AUGACGCUAUGUUUAAGAGUGACAAUCUUUAGCAAUCGGGGUGGAGAAAAUUUGAAAUAUAUAACACGAGAGUGCUCCAGUCAGUUUAUUCAGAAGGAAGUGACUGAAGAGUUACACCGAAAUUCACCCCGGGUGAAGUACAAACCAACUGGACGAACCAUGGACCUGCUCCUUUUCCUUCCCUUCUUGUGUCUGGCCAUAUUUUCAGUGUCUUCAACCCAAAUUUCAAAACCAAGCGUUUUCAGUGUAGAAGAUAAUCAAGACCCUGCACUUAUUCUCAAGAGAAACUAUGAAGCUAGUCAUCCAGGAAGACCACAAGGAGCUAAUGGACAAGGAAGUGUUCACAUCCUAGGAGAACCAGCCAUGGUUACUCUGCAAGGAAGGCCAGAAUAUCCUAACCAGCCAAUGAUACAAGGGAAAUUCAAUCCACAAGGAAAGCCAGAUAUUUCAAACCAGCCUGCGGUAUCUGGAGCUUGGGAUUUACAAGGGAAGCCAGGAUCUUCUAGCCAACAAGGGUUGGCAGGGUUGCCUAGCCAGCAAGGGAUCGCAGGGUCAUCUAGCCAACAGGGUAAAUCAGGGUCUGGUAGCCAACAAGGGAUGUCAGGGUCACCUAGCCAGCAAGGAAUUUCAGGGUCAUUUAGCCAGCAAGGGAUGACAGGGUCUUCUAGCCAACAGGGAAAGCCAGGGUCAUCUAGCCAACAGGGCAAACCAGGGUCAUCUAACCAACAGGAUAAGCCAGGGUCAUCUAGCCAACAGGGUAAGCCAGGGUCAUCUAGCCAACAGGGAAAUCCAGGGUCACCUAGCCAACAGGGCAAACCAGGGUCUUCUAGCCAACAGGGCAAACCAGGGUCAUCUAGCCAACAGGGCAAACCAGGGUCAUCUAGCCAACAGGGCAAACCAGGGUCAUCUAGCCAACAGGGCAAACCAGGGUCAUCUAGCCAACGGGGCAAACUAGGGUCAUCUAGCCAACAGGGCAAACCAGGGUCAUCUAGCCAACAGGGCAAGCCUGGGUCAUCUAGCCAACCACGAAAAUCAAGAUCUCUUUACAAGCAAGGAGAAAGAAAACAUGCAGCCAACCCUUUGAACAGUAAUAAAGUAGAUACUCAGAUUAGAAGCAUCCCCACAAAGAACCCAACUAUAAAUACAAUGUGUGAAUCUAUCUACAAACCAGUCUGUGGUUCUAAUGGAAAAACCUAUGGAAAUAAUUGUCUAUUUAAGGAAGCAAAGAGAGAUAAUAUCUGGAUAGCACCCUCCUCUCACACACCCCUGCCCUCCCUCACUGCCUUCCAUGGGAAUCCCGAGAACUCGCCUGCAUCUGAGCUUGAGACUUUUCUGGAUUCGACCUGUGAACUAUGCACUCUAUCCUGGCUUCACAGAAGCACCAUGAGGGCCACCAACAAGAUUAAUACUGCAAAUCUCCACAUGGAUUCUUGGAUACAUCUAUUUUUUUUGUUUGGUUUUGGCAUUUCAAAACAAUCUUACUAUACAGUCAUCCCUGCUCUCUUGGUGGCUGUCUGCCUGGUGGGCUUUGUGGGGAACCUAUGUGUGAUUGGCACCCUCCUCCACAGCACUUGGAAAGGAAAGGCAUCCAUGAUCCACUCUCUGAUUCUGAAUCUCAGCCUGGCUGAUCUCUCCCUCCUUCUGUUUUCUGUACCUAUCCAUGCUACAGCAUACUCCAAAGGUAUUUGAGAUCUAGGCUGGUUUGUCUGCAAGUCUUCAGACUGGUUCAUUCACAUGUCCAUGGCAAUGAAGAGCCUGACAGUUGUUGCAGUUACCAAAGCAUGCUUCAUGUAUGCAAGUGACCCAGCCAAGCAAGUAAAUAUCUGCAACUGCACCAUCUGGUCAGUGCUGGGGACUAUCUGGGCCGUGGCCAGCCUGUUACCCCUGCCAGAAUGGUUCUUCCAUCUCUUCAGCAAAUCCUCUCAUUUUCCUACUAAUGUCUGA